UAGGCCUCCCUAUCUACCCCAACUUCCUUGUUUGGUUGGCAUAUUAGCUAUCUACCUGACCCGGUUCUUCCAUCCCAUGACCCGACUGAAACGUAGACACGAGAAACCAAAAUGCAGAUAACUCAAUCUCUAGUGAAACAUGCGAUAGGGAGGAAGAAAGGAGCUUGAAGCUUUGGCAUUUCACCCAAUUGACUUCCAUACCCCUGACAUUGAUUCUCCAUUUACUCCAUGGAUCGGCAAAAUUGCAGCACAAUCAACUAGCACUUGCUGUUAGGCGACGCGUUCAACUACAAAAUUGUUGGGUCGAACAUCGUGGUUGCCGUUGGUGGUCGUCUGAAUUAUAAUUUCAUAAUGGGCUUAACCAAUUCGAUUUUCUGACCGCGUUUGCGUCGAUUUGUAGGUUUCAAGCUAACGCCCUGGGUAAUUCGAACGCCGUGCUUGCCAUGGCCGACAACGAAUCUGUUCAGCAGGUUGUAAUAUGAGUUCGACUUCGGUUGUAUGAAUUGUGCUGAAUAAGUAGAGAUGUUGCUCGUCAGUAUGUCUCAAGUCAGUGUUGUUUCGUGGAAUGUUAUGAUCGCAGGAUAUGCCAAGGGAUACCAUUUGCAGAGGGCGGUCGAGUGUAUGGAGAGAAUGCAGAGCAGUGGGGUUGAGCCUGAUGAGGUGACAUGUGUUAAUAUGCUUGCUGCGUGCUUGAGAAGUGGUGAUGAUGAAACGGGGCUUCGAAUUUUCAAUGGUAUGUCGGUGCCAGGUUUGGCCUCGUGGAAUGCUAUGUUGUCGGGCUAUUCCCAGAACGAAUACCACAGGGAGGCGGUGAUGCUCUAUAGAGAGAUGCAGUUUAGAAAAGUGAGGCCUGAUCGAACUACGUUUGCUAUAAUUCUCAGUUCUUGUGCUUCCAUGGGACUUUUAGAGAGCGGGAAGCAGAUUCAUGAUGCCUUGUGGAAAGCUGAGCUAUCGAUGGACUUGUAUGUACGAGUGGACUGAUUGCUGUUUACUCAAAAUGUAGUAAAAUAGAAGUUGCAAAAGCUAUCUUCAACAUGGCUCCCAAAUAUGAUAUAGUGUGUUGGAAUUCAGUGUUGUCAGGUUUAUCCCUUAAUUCAAUGGAUGCAGAGGGUUUUAACUUUUUCAGGCGAAUGGUACGUGAAGGCAUGCUACCGGCUGAGUUUUCUUAUGCUAGCGCACUGAAUUGUUGUUCGUCUUUAUCAUCUCUCUCACAAGGGAGGCAGAUUCAUGGUCUGAUAGUGAAAGAAGGAUUUAGGAUUUAAUAUGAUGGUCUGUCAGGAUUUAGUCACGUGGAAUGAGAUGAUACACGGUUAUGCUUAGAAUGGGCGCGG